AUGAAAAGGAAAAGAGUUGACAAGAGUGUUAUUGAUAAAAAGGGUAAGGUGAAAGGGAAAAAAGUAAUUGGAGCUGAAGGAACAUGUAAAGAAGGGAAGGUAGGAACUGAAUUUCAAAGGUUGAGUACUCAUAUGUCUCCAAAUUCUUUGUAUCUAGCCAUGAAAAGUUUGUCAAAGAGCCAGAGAGAAAUGGUACGUGAUAUGGGUUUUGGAUCUUUUCUGGGAAUGAAGAUUGAUACACUACCUGGAAAGCUAGCGUAUUUUGUUGUGGAUAGCUUCACAACAGGUUCUUGUUCCAUAAGGGUUAGAAGUGGUGAAGUGGCCAUAACAAACGAGACAGUCCAAGCUAUGUUUGGACUGUCGAAUAAGGGUUUAGACUUUAACACACUAGAUGAAUGUGAUAAGAAUGAUCCUUUGCUUGAAGCUUGGAAAGGACAAUAUGGGAAGGGAAAUUAUUAUAAUGGGAACUAUUUGAAGAAUAUAAGGAAAACAAAUAUUGCGGAUGAGUUGUUUAAGCUGAAUUUUUUGACGCUAUUCAUUAACACUUUUGCUGAAACAGAGACAAUGGGGUCUUGUAGAAUUAAUUUUAUUGAAAAGUUAAUUCAAUGCAAAGAUGUGUCAAGGAUUAACUGGUGUGACUACAUAGUGGACUGUUUAGGAAAAAGCAAGAAUAAAUGGAGGCCAAAUGACAAAAACUGCUACUUCACAGGACCUGUGGCGCUUCUAAUGAUGGCGUAUGCAGACAGAGUGAUAUGUGAAGAUGUCAAUUUCUGUAGGCAUAGGCCCUUCAUCACAAAAAUGAUUCGGAACACCUUAGAGUGUUAG